AUAUUAUUAUGUAUUCAGCAUAAACAUAGAAAAAUAUUUGCAAAAUCAAUUAAAUUUUUUCAUCAUCACAAAUAUAAAAGAAAUCAACUUUGGGGAUAAAAAAUCCAGCACUACACAGGUUGGAGAGAUAUUUGGAAGCUGCCAAAAAUGGCGACCCUCCUCAUCCCCAAUUCACUCUUUUCCCUACCUUUGUCUCUUCCUACCACACCCUCACGUGCCUACUUCAGGCCUUCCCGCUUGCCAGUGUAUCCGGGUCUCGGCUUUCGUUUCUCCCCUAAAACCAGAGGCCUAACGGUGGUGACACGUGCAGGGCCCAGCACUAGCAGCUACGUCUUCGCUUUCCUUCUCCCUCUCUCCCUCCUUGCUGGCACUGUCUUUACUUCGCUUCGAAUCGCCGAUAGACUUGACCAAAAGUUCCUUGAAGAGCUUAUACUUAAUGAAGCAAUGAGGGAGGCGGAAGAAGAGGAUGAUGACAAUGAUGAUGAGGGAGAUGAUGAGGGCAAGGAUUUUGACGGCAGUGACAGCAAAAAGGAUGAAGUGAAAAUAUUUGCAGAGAAGAUACAGGAACCCGUGCUUCCACACACUCGAAAUCGUCCCAAAAGGGAAGUGUAAGCUUCAUUGAUACUUGCAUCUCCUUCUUGGAGUUCUUGUUUAUAGCAUCAAAUUCGUUGAGUGUCUGGUUUCAGUUUUAGUAAUUGGUUGAUGUGAAAAUACGGAUUUUGUUCUAGCUAGAUGGCUAUCUGGAAGGUUUUGUAUACUUAUUCAAGUUGGUAAAACUGUAACAAAAGAGUGAUACGGUUGUUGUAGAGCACCAUAUUUGUUGGAAUUGAUAACAGUAACUUUUGGUUUUCUAA